ACUGGCAAUAGAAACCCCUAAUUGGGCAAAUCUAGUAAUAGCUUUCUAUUAUUAGAAGAUUCAUAUAUGGAGGGUUUCACUUCAAGUUUCCAUAGCUUUAAACCCUCGUUUCCUUUUAUAGAUGUUGAUCAAAACAUGGUGUUACUUAACCAGUUUUCAAUCCAAUAUGACAAUUCAAACAUGAGUUCUCAAACCAUCAUGGGGCUUCCAAAUGACAAUUUUUUCUGUCAACAAGUAUUGCCGUCUAUGGAUCAUCAAUUCAUGCAAAACUUUCAACAAGGUUUUCAACAUGAACAUAAGAAUGCCAAGAUGAUUCCGGAGGCGGUUCCUGUUGAAAAUCGGAAGAGAAAAACAAUGGAUGUAUCGUCAAGCAGUUCGGGGAAUUCAUCAUCUCAUCCGCUUACCGAAAGUGGGAUUGAUGAGAAGAAAUAUCAGAGUUCACGAAAGGGCAAGAAAAUGAAACCAUGUGACAGUGGCGAAGCACCAAAGGAAGUGGUACAUGUUAGAGCCAGAAGGGGCCAAGCAACUGAUAGUCAUAGUAUAGCAGAAAGGGUUAGAAGAGGAAAAAUUAACGAGCGGUUGAGAUGCUUGCAAGACAUCGUGCCCGGGUGUUACAAGUCAAUGGGCAUGGCAGUAAUGUUGGAUGAGAUAAUUAACUAUGUACAAUCCUUGCAGAAUCAAGUCGAGUUUCUUUCUUUGAAACUCACCGAAGCAAGCAGAUUUCACAACUUAGAUUCAGUUUUGACGCAUAUGGACCAUUUUCAGAUGGGAAAUGUAAUCAACGGAGCGAAGAUGCAAAGACCGGAGGAGAGAGAAGAGAUUGGCCCGGUUGACCGGAGUUUUGGCUAACAUCAUCCUUCAAUGCCAUACCGUACAACAUAAAACAAAAUCCCUUUUGUUUCAUACGUAAACAUACAAUGCUUGUAUUAUUGUUUCUAUACAUACCAAUCUAUAAUCAUGACACUUAAA